UCUCAGCCGGGUCCUCCUAAACCUAAUUGCAGUUUCUUUCUCUCUCCCUCUCUGAGUGACAGAGGGAUUUCGCUUCGCCCGGAGCGACGUCACACCAAGGUGGAAGAAGACGAGCGCAUUUUUUCCUCCCUUUAUCAUCCAAGGAAAACACAUCGACACACUGUGGCACACAGACGCCUCUCUACCUGCAGCCGGUGCGCAUCUAAAAUUACUUCACCAAGUUCAUCAGUGCGUCACUUCACAGCGCGUAGAGAACGUCCAACAUCCAGCAGCACUCAAAUAUAUAUGUAUCUAUAUUUUUUUAUUAUUAUUUCUAAGACAGAAAGUCUCUUCUUUAAUGUCAUCGUUUUAAAUAUCCCCCAAAGAGUGUCGAGACUCCGUGUGUCCUCGCUACCAGAGCUGUUUCGUUCGCUGUUUCGCGGUCAGAGAGGAAUUCAAAGUUUGGAGUCACUUCUCGUUCCGUUUUUUUUGAAAGCAUAACGCACUGCGACAGAUAGAGCAGAACGACAAUGAAGAGGUUAACCACACCUUUAAAAGCGGACAUCUCUUCAGUAGCCUCUUGACCAACUUUCUUGCGCAUUAAGAUGCGCCCGACGGAAGAGGAGUUGGAUGAUGAACUUUUUUGCGCUCUUGUUGACAGACAAUUUCCAGUGAGCUUUUGCUGAGCGUGCCGUCAGAAAACAAGGACCUCCUAUGUAUUUAAGAAAUAAUCCAACUCGGUGUUGGCUGAGCUCGUCAGUACUUUAAACUUUGCUGGGGGAAUCUCCUGGAGGAUUUGCUGCGUUCACCAUGAUGGUUCGUCUCUCACGGAUCCAACUGGCCCUGUUCUUUAUCUUGCUCUGUCCGGUCAAUAUCAUCGGACUCUGGUGGGCAGUGGGCAGUCCGCUGGUGAUGGACCCUAACAGCAUUUGCAGGAAGGCGAAGCGUCUGGCGGGGAAGCAGGCUGAGCUGUGCCAGACUCAGCCAGAGAUUGUCAGUGAGGUGGCCAAAGGGGCGAGGCUGGGCGUCAGGGAGUGCCAGUACCAGUUCAGGUACCGUCGGUGGAACUGCACUAGCCACAACAAAUACUUUGGCAAAAUACUGCAGCAAGAUAUCCGGGAAACGGCGUUUGUUUAUGCCAUCACGGCGGCUGGUGUGACCCACGCUGUGACCCAGGCGUGCAGCAUGGGAGACCUCCUGCAGUGUGGCUGUGAGGCCACAAGGAACAGAGCACCACCAAGACCACCUUCAUCCUCCUCCUCCUCCUCCUCCACUGGGGAUGGAGUCAAGUGGGAGUGGGGGGGCUGCGGAGAUGAUGUGGAGUUUGGUUAUGAAAAGUCAAAACAGUUUAUGGACGCCAAAAGGAGAAGAGGCAAGAGCGACAUCAGGACACUCGUUGACUUGCACAACAACGAGGCUGGUCGUCUGGCGGUGAAGCUCUACAUGCGGACAGAGUGCAAGUGCCACGGACUGUCAGGCUCGUGCACCUUGCGCACAUGCUGGAAAAAGAUGCCUCAUUUCCGUGAGGUUGGCGACCGCCUGCUGGAACGCUUCAAUGGCGCUUCAAAGGUGAUGGGGGGUAAUGACGGCAAGACCCUUAUUCCUGUCGGACAGAACAUAAAGCCACCAGAUAAGCAGGAUCUGAUCUACUCUGAUGAAUCGCCCGAUUUCUGCCUUGCAAAUCGGAAAACUGGUUCACUGGGGACACGGGGGCGCAUAUGCAACAGCACAGCCAUGGACAUCAGUGGCUGUGACCUGCUGUGCUGCGAGCGUGGUUACCGGGAGGAAACUGUGGUGUUUGAGGAGAACUGUCUGUGUCGUUUCCACUGGUGUUGUGUGGUCCAGUGCAAAAAAUGCUUGGUUCGAAAAGAGCUUAGUCUCUGUCACUGAUGGACUUUCAUGGUGAACCUUUUGUUUCUGUUCAUGCAACAGUCCAAUAAUGCCCCGAAAAUGUACAUCUCAACUAGUAUUUGAUCCCAGUUUUGGUUUGGUUCCCAGGAAUUUUGACAGACAUAUGAGGUGCUGGCCAGAGAUUCAAAAGGUACAGAAAGUAGAUGAAACUGCAUGGGAACAAUGUCAAGGCGGACUAAAAGAAGUAAAACACAAAGUAAAAUAGAGAAAUGUUUCUUUCUGAACUACCUAUUUUUCUUUUUCUUGUAUAUGAAAAAAAGACCAAAGAAUGUGAAAGUUCUCAAUGAAACAGGAUGACCUAUGCAUGGAGGACCUACACGUGACACAGCUUUGUCACUUCCACAUUAACAGCAGAACUCGACUGCUAUCUAAAUCCAAAGAGCUUUCAGCUUUUGCUAUUGCAUUUGAAUGAAUUCUAACAUUUACUUAAUUGACUAUUCACUAAGGCCCUCUCCCAUUAAUUACUUACUAUUCUUACCCCUAUCAGGCAGAUUUAUCCUUAUCAGUUUUGCCAGGUGACACGUUGUGUGAGUUGGUUGGAAACACCGUCUCCAGCCUUGAGAGUAAUUCUGCAUUAUGUUGCUACUGUAGGUAGUAAGCUAUUUAGCCAGGCAUGCUAACAUUUGCAGCCACCAUUAGAGUAGGCAAACACUGUGUGUUUAAUUCAUUCUUUAUACUUUUACUCAUGCAAACUCUUUAUAUACAGAGUGUCAUUUGUACUACAGACGUUGCACACCCUUUCAGCAUGUGGAGAAACCCAAAGCCUGACACACCCACCAUGCAUUGCUGUUAGUUGUUUUUAAACUAUGAUUGGACAAUUUCUGGGAUGUAGUACAUGGUCAGUUGUAUAAACUGGCUGCUAACCUACAAGGGCCACACUGACAAUGUACUGUUAUUUUAAGUCCUCCAGAGACAUUUUUUGGUAUUCAUCUGCAAGACACUAUAGACACAUUAUAGAUCUCACUAUGUUCCUAAUUCCAGUACUUUCAUUUUACUUUGACAUAUGCAACAAUAUGCCUGUUAAUACAUAUAAUAAACAAUGAUAGGAACAUCUUUACAUUUUACAACCCCCAAAACCUUUUAAAAUGUUGAUAUCAUACAUUAACUCAUUACAUUAACUGCAACCUUUCCAUUUAAUUGAUCACACGCAGAAAAUACAAAAAGUUGAAAAAGGGAAAUGGUAUCACGUUAUCAUAUUUAAAGAAUGCCGUCAACAUGGACGUUUUGCAGGAGUGGCCUACCAGCAAAGACUGUUAUUUAUAUAAAGAUAGGAUGACAAGACUACUCACUUCCAUCUCUCUCAGAAGCACUUUGGAUACAAUGGCUGCGGUGGACUUUCGUCAAUAGCUUGGCAAUAAAAACUUUUGGGCGUUGUCUGUUUCUAUUAAACCAAAAGAGGAACCUUUAUUUACAUGACAUUGUUUGGUAUCAAGAAAAUGUAUGUAAUGUAUUUUGUUUAUCUGUUAUGAUAUACAGGGCUAAUGUAAUAAUGCACUUUGGAUGUUAGCUUUCGUUUGAUACUGUAUGUGCAUAUGUAUGUGUGUUUAGUGUGUGUGUGAGAGAGAGAAAGUGUUGCGUAUGUGUUUGUGCAGGUUGGCCAGUUAUCACCGUAUCAUUAGUUGACAGUAAUUUUAUAUAUCUUUAAAUUGCUGUCUGACGUUAAACUGCAUUACAUUGGUUAUUAAAGCACACAGCUCUUUGACUCUUCCUCUUUGCCUUCGGAGGAAGUAUGUUUCCCAUAAACCAUAAAUCAUCUCAUUUACACUUCAGUUUUAUUACCAGACAAUGUACAGCAAGUAUGCUGAACUAUGAUACUACAUUGCUUCCAUUUGUUCUGCUAAGGAUGAUUGUCUUUGAUUCAGUUCAGGUAGGAUUUCCCCCUGAGGAUAUAGAAUAAUCUCAUCUUGAUCAUACAGUUGGUGGCAUUUAUGUUUCAGGAAGAUAGCAUGAUUCAGAUUUGGCUAUUUCCAAAGUCACAUAGUUACUUUCAAUAUGUGAUGUAUGCUGACUUUUUGCAGGGCCAAAAUCAAAUGACCAGCUUCAUUACUGACUACUUUUUGGGAUGUAAUGUGUGUAAUAUCUCCAAAGAUCUUUAUAACAUUUUAAAGUAAAAUAUAUGUGUGCAGCUUUGUUUAGUAACUUUUCAAUUAGACUAGCAUCAUUUUCAUUUCAAAGUGAGAUAUCAUUCAAAAAACACUGGUAUACAGGUAAAGUCAAUUUUGAGUCACAGUGGAUGCUAGCUGUUAUCAUAUUAUUUAAUUUAAGAGACUAUACUCACUUUGUUUUUGAAAUAUUCAUAUAAAGCAUUCUGGAAAGAAAUCACUUACUUAUUUAAAGACAAAAGUCGAAAUCCAUUUGUGUGACAGGAGCCCAAAGUUUCAUAAGCUGCAGUGUGGUUUUGCAUUUCAGUGUCAAAGUGCGCAGCAUAACAAAUUAGGUCAUUAUUAUCAUGAUCACUAUUGGAGCAAUCAAGCAACUGGGAGUAUUUCUGUUCAAAUGUAUUUAAUAUUGGAAUGAAAUCAUAAACACGCUACUUUUAAAAAGGCCAUAUCUUAUCACACAACAAUAAAUCUGUAGUAUAUACAUGGUAAUCAUGAUGACAUGCUUUCCAGUUAGUUAUUGUUGCUGUAACUAUGACCGUGUUAAUAUAAUGCCUCGUGAUGGUGGUGAUUACCAUAAAUAAUGGAACUGCAAAAGUCGCAUAAUAAUAAAUGAUGUUUAAAUGAUGUUUUGAGCUGACAUUGUAGCCAUAACUCAGCCAUGUAGCCAUACAGUACAAGAGCGACUCAAGACAAAGUCACAUUAACAGUGCUGUCUGAUUUUGUGUACUUCUUCAUUUGACUGAAUGAGCGGAAACCUAAGGCCAUUUAAAUAUCUGCAUGUCGAGUUAAGCACAUUCCAAGUACUUUGAAUUUUUUUCAUUAUUCUAACUGUGUUUGGUGGAAAACAACAGAAUGUAGCAGUAAGUGGGUAACAUUUUUAUGAGGAUGGAAAUGAUGUAAUGGUGAUUGUUAAAAAAAAACAUUUCUGUGACAGCUCAUGCAACAUAUCUUUGGCCAACUAGGUUGUGUUAGUGUCAAACAAGUUACCUUUACACAGGUGUUAGAGUUUGUCAUCUCUUUAAAGACAUUUUGUCAUGUUUGCUUCACAUUUCAUUAUGCUCUUCAUUUUUAUAUUCUUCAGAAGUCACUUCCUAUCUGGAUGUUAUGUUGCAUUUAGCAUAAAACUACUGUUUGUGACUCACAUUCAAAAACACUAUUCAAAUAAA